AAAUGGAUGUUAUCCUUUUUGAAAAAGAAUUUGUUUCACUGGAAUUCAACAACAGUAAAUGUGUUUCGGAAAACCUGGGUCGUAUUUUUAUCCAAUUUGAAAGUUUCGACACAAGGGGAUUUGUGUGUGCUUUAUCAAAUACCUUUGCCUGUCUCGGGUUAUUUGCGGACACGGGAUAUAUCAAAUGCCCUUUUUCAAGAGACAAAAGUGGUUUCAGUCUCUAUGGAACCGAUGAAAAUGAGUAUUGUAGGAAUCCAUAUUUCACAACCACAGAAUUUAAAAGGUUGUCUGUUACAUCAAAUGAUGAUGUCUGCACAGUGGCAUUCAAUGUCACUGCACUGGCCCACAGGAGAGAAAUAACUGUUACAUUAGAAUUGAUAGGCAAGGAGAGAAGCCAGACACAAGAGGAUAAACUUAGGAGAAAAAGAGGACAACAAACAAUAACAUUUUCUUUUCCUCUCCUGGAUGACAAAAUAAUAAAAUAUUAUUUGAAAGUUGUCAUAUGGUUGGAUAUAGAAUUCGAUGACAAGAUCCAAUUUACAAGUGUCUCAAUGUCACCAGGAUGCUUCAGGGGUAAAUGAAUUUAUCAUAUUAA